UAUGAACCUACAGCUAUCAGGCCUCAUUAGCGAUAAUAACAGUUGAUGUUUAUGGGAUUUACCAAAUUGUUUACAGUAUGGUCACCUGGACAAUAAAUUUCCUAUUAUUUUGCAGCAUUGGACACUUCCCCACCAUGCUGCCAGCUUUUUAAGUAUAUUCGUCAAUUUUCCCAAAUUUUAACUGAAGAAAUCCACAAGAGUUUAUAUUUGAGGACUAACGUGUGACUCUACCAAUUAUCAGGAUGAAUCUGGAAAAACUCAGCAAGCCUGAACUCCUGACACUGUUUAGUAUUCUUGAAGGAGAGCUUGAAGCAAGGGACCUUGUUAUAGAAGCUUUAAAGGCCCAGCACAGAGAUACUUUCAUUGAAGAACGCUAUGGAAAAUAUAACAUCAGUGAUCCCUUAAUGGCUCUACAGAGAGACUUUGAAACUCUCAAGGAGAAAAAUGAUGGCGAGAAGCAGCCCGUCUGCACAAACCCACUCUCCAUUCUUAAGGUAGUGAUGAAGCAGUGCAAGAACAUGCAGGAGCGCAUGCUGUCCCAGUUGGCUGCUGCCGAGAGCAGGCACCGCAAGGUAAUCCUAGACCUUGAGGAAGAAAGGCAAAGGCAUGCACAAGACACAGCUGAAGGAGACGAUGUUACCUACAUGCUGGAGAAGGAGAGAGAGCGGCUGACUCAACAGUUGGAAUUUGAAAAGUCACAAGUGAAAAAAUUUGAAAAAGAGCAGAAGAAGCUUUCCAGCCAGCUGGAAGAGGAGCGCUCCCGCCACAAGCAGCUGUCCUCCAUGCUGGCACUCGAGUGCAAGAAAGCCACCAGCAAGGCAGCUGAGGAGGGGCAGAAGGCAGGAGAGCUGAGCCUGAAACUGGAGAAGGAAAAGAGCCGGGUGAGUAAACUGGAGGAAGAGCUGGCAGCCGAGAAGAAGCGAGGCUUGCAAACCGAGGCCCAAGUGGAGAAGCAGUUGUCUGAGUUUGACAUCGAAAGGGAACAACUGAGAGCAAAACUGAACCGAGAAGAGAACCGGACCAAAACUCUGAAAGAAGAGAUGGAAAGUUUGAAGAAGAUAGUGAAGGACCUAGAAGCUUCCUGCCAGCACAGUAGCCCUAAUGAGCAAUUGAAGCAACCGGUAACCAUGUCCAAAGGCACAGCAACUGAGCCUCCCGUGCUAGUAUCUGUAUUUUGCCAGACGGAGAGUUUUCAGGCAGAAAGAACCCACGGGAGCAACGUAGGCAAGGUGACAAACACUGGACUGCCUGGCUCCACCACUCCGACUUACACGUAUGCAAAAACCAAUGGCCAUUGUGACCCAGAGAUACAACCAACCAGGGAGUUGUUAGGCAGCAGUGCAGAAAACCAGGUGCUGCCACGAGAGAAAUCUGUGGGAUUCACCCAAGAAAAACCAGUGGAGAAUGGUGGAUGUCCUGUGGGAAUCGAGUCUCCGAUCCCAAUGCCCAGUCACCUCCCUUCCAGUGGGAGCUCACUGUCUCCCAGCAGCACUGCCUCCUCCUCUCUAACAUCCUCUCCUUGCUCUUCACCAGUACUAACUAAGCGCUUAUUAGGGGCAUCAGCCAGCAGCCCUGGCUACCAGUCAUCCUAUCAAGUAGGAAUCAACCAGCGGUUCCAUGCAGCUCGACACAAAUUUCAGUCACAGGCAGAUCAGGACCAACAAGCAAGUGGCCUACAGAGCCCUCCGUCCAGGGAUCUGUCCCCCACCCUCACAGACAACUCUGCCGCCAAGCAGCUGGCCCGAAACACAGUCACUCAGGUGCUCUCCAGAUUCACUAGCCAACAAGGGCCAAUCAAGCCUGUCUCUCCCAAUAGCUCCCCCUUUGGCACAGACUAUCGAAAUCUGGCCAACACUGCCAGCCCAAGAGGUGACACCAGCCAUUCACCUACUCCAGGGAAAGUAUCCAGUCCUCUGAGCCCCCUGUCUCCAGGGAUCAAGUCUCCUACCAUCCCCAGAGCUGAGAGAGGGAAUCCUCCACCCAUCCCACCCAAAAAACCUGGCCUCACCCCAUCUCCAUCCACGACCACGCCACUGACCAAAACACAUUCCCAGGCAUCCUCUGUGGCCACCACAGAGGACCUUGCCAGCAGCUGCUCUUCCAAUGCUGUUAUAGCCAAUGGCAAGGACGUUGAGAUACUUUUGCCUACCAGCAGCUAGUUCCUAGGAGGGAGUCUCCACAGGUGACAUUCCAUCUGAUUUCAUCUAAGAGCUCAGAGUCAAACCGUUGAGUCAGAUCAUGUUAUUUAUUUUGAUAGUAGCUGCAACCGUCUGUACAAUACAUUUAGUGUAUUUCACCUUUUUGUAUUUUUUUAAAUAGAAAUUGAUUCAUUUGGAUUUUUAUGGCUCUAAUCUUUGUACUGAAGCUAGAAGGGCACCUCAAAGACGUCUCAAGCUCAGCAGUCACUGUCAUGUUGUGAUGGAGAAAGCUAAUUGAUUACCAGGUGGUGAUUUGCUGUCUAUUUUGGGACUAGAAUCACUUGACGCUCAUUUUGAAUUAGUAUGCAGAAGUGGUUCAUGCAGAUUUUUAUUCCAGAUGAACAUGUUUAAAAAGUGCCUGAAAUAAGACUGCUAUAUAAAUGCGAUUCUGCAGCAAAAACA